GUGAUGAAAAAGAAACCCAUUUUCAACUCUUCUGUAAAAAAAAAAAAACUCCAAUCGGUAAUCAUCUCCAACGGUAACCAGCUACGGCGGUGGACGGUGGUGAUAGCAGCAUCACAGAAACAAACAAAUCUUCAAUUUCCAUUCUCCAAAACAAAAAACUCUGUCGUCUUCAUGUUCCUGUUGCUAUCACCGACGUAGCUUCCUUUCAUUCAUCAAAUAUCUCAAAAAGGUGGUGGGUGGGUCCCACCAUCACCGAGAUAUAUUACCACUUGUUCAUCGAUACAAUGCUUUCGAAGAUCUUUAAAGUUGACACUUCAAUUUCCAUUUUUAAUUAUUAGUUAGAAGAUUUUAAGGAUAAUAAGAAACAACAUUAAUUUAACAAAAUGCAAGCUUGGGGGAGGUUAGGAGGUUACAUAAGACGCGGCGUGUGUAGUGUUUCCGGGCCAUUUCUUCCGUUUGGUGGCGCGGUUGAUAUUAUUGUUGUUCAGCAAAAAGAUGGGAGUUUUAAAUCAUCUCCUUGGUAUGUUAGAUUUGGGAAAUUCCAUAGGGUUAUGAAAGCGGCGAAAAGGGAAAAGGUUAAGGUUAGUGUUAGUGUUAAUGGGGUUGAAACUGAUUUUCAUAUGUGUUUGAAUCCUAAAGGGGAAGCUUUUUUUCUUCAUGCUAAUUCACAACACGGGGAAGGAGGAGAAGAACAAAUGGAAGAAUUACUAGAACAAGAUGAAGAUGGAACAGAAUUGUGGUCUUAUGAUGAUAUACAGCUGAGAGGUACUACUAAUAAGAGGCAAUUCAAGUCGAAAAGUUGCAAUUAUGAUUCGGAAAGGUUGAGUUCUGAGGAUCAGGUUGUAGCUGGGAAUGGUUCUCGUAGUUCGAGAAUAUAUAGGUUUGUAUUUGGGCCAAGUUCUAAUGGUGAUGGUGAAGAUGCUGAUGGAGAUUUAGUGGAGCGUGCUGAGAUUGCAGCCAAGUUGUUGGAGUUAAGGUGGUCUACGAAUCUCACUUUUGAUGAACUUCCAUAUAGGGAAAGAAAGAAAACUCAGGGGGCUAACUUGGUCAAAGUGAAAUCCAAGUCUGAAUCUGGUGAGGUUUUGCGCCCUACGGCUACGUCUCUGCAGCUACCUGAGGGUGGAAAAUCUGAUAGAGUGACUAUUAAGAUGCCGGUGACGGAUUGUGGUAUUUGUGAUGUUGCGGAUGUUGGAAACAUAGCAAAGCUUCAAAAAUCUCGGACUGUCAAUAUUGGUCGAAGGGAUUGUUCUGUUAAGAAGGUUAACAUAAAUACUCCAACGUCUGAACAGCUGUCGUCCUUGAAUCUGAAGGAAGGAAGGAACACAAUAACCUUCUGUUUCUCUACACCUAUGAUGGGGAAGCGGCAGAUUGACGCUCGAAUAUUUUUGUGGAAAUGGAAUACUCGUAUAGUGAUAUCAGAUGUGGAUGGGACAAUUACAAGGUCAGAUGUUUUAGGUCAAUUCAUGCCUUUAGUAGGGAUUGACUGGUCACAGUCAGGUGUUGCUCAUUUAUUUUCAGAAAUCAAGGAAAAUGGCUACCAGAUACUUUUUCUCAGUGCUCGUGCAAUUUCUCAGGCACAUCACACCAGACAAUUCCUAUUGAACCUUAACCAGGACGGGAAAGUCUUACCAGAUGGUCCUGUUGUUAUUUCCCCCGACGGACUUUUUCCUUCUCUGUAUAGAGAAGUUAUCCGCAGGGCUCCUCACGAGUUCAAAAUUGCAUGUUUAGAGGACAUCAGAGCACUUUUUCCACCUGAUUACAAUCCAUUCUAUGCUGGUUUUGGAAAUAGAGACACCGAUGAAAUCAGCUAUCUUAAGGUUGGAAUCGCCAACGGAAAAAUCUUCAUUAUUAAUCCUAAGGGUGAGAUUUCUGUAAACCGACGUUGUUUAGACACAAAAUCAUACACUUCUCUCCAUGCUCUCGUGCAUGGAAUGUUCCCCCCGACAGAAUCAUCUGAGCAGGUUUCUCUCUCUCUCUCUCUCUCUCUCUCUCUCUCUCUCUCGCAUGUGUCAUAAGGUUUUGUUUAUGAUUUAACUUUUUGGGCCUUGUUCUUGCUGAACAUUGGUUGCAGGAGGAUUUCAAUUCAUGGAAUUUCUGGAAGUUGCCUUCUUUCGAAUAAAUAUUCUAGGAUUUUUUGGCAUUCAUUGCUCAAUCAUCUUUGUCUGGUGCGGAUGGAAGCAGGCUGUGCUGUUCCUUGUAAAACUAUAUAGGAAUUUUGUAGGAAGGAAAGAUGAUUGUAUCUAGACUUAGGUGGUUUGAGUGUAUGUAGUCAAUGACAGACACACUCUCCGGGAUUUCGGUACAACUCCUCCACGACUGCGCUAUGGCCGUUAUGUAGAUCCACUCUACCAUGGAGUUUUGCGUAGCACCAGACAUCCGCUACACCAUGCACCUCUGUGAAUACGGCCGCCACCACUGCUAUUGACUACAGAGGUUUGAGUAUGUGUGGAGGAGACCUGUAGAUUUAGUAGUAACAAGAGUAGAUCAGAUGGAGCACAACCUAAUGGCUACAAGGGAAGGCUGAGACAAACUAUAGGUGAAAUUAAGAAGAAAUACUUAGAUGCUAAUUGUGUGGCUGUCAACAUAAUUUAUAUGAUAAAACAUUAUGGCGUCGUUUUAUCUAAGUAUCUGACCUUACAUAGUAGGAUAAAGCUUUGAUUGUUGUUGAUAUUUCUGUUAGAUGUGUAUAGUGUGCGACUAAUUUUGAAUACGCCAUACACCAAAAUUAGAACUUACACCAUAAAAGAUGAUUUUCAUGUACUGGUCUUAAUAUCCUGGACUGGACUACUUGUAAAACAGUUAUGCAUAUUAAGGCAUUUGUAUGCCAGCUUUGCAUCCA